CACCGGGAUUCAAAGGAACCGCUUGCUCCUUGAACAGGGAAACCCCCUCAAGCUUUCGGUGCAAGCGUUAGUGCGGCUGGGCUGCGCUUUCAAACUCAGCGGCUUGUCCGCUCUCACAUUACCGGGAAGGACUGCAAGGCAGUGCUGGUUUCCCGUCACCGUAUUAUUAAAGAUAUAUACACACACAUAUGCAGCUGUUCUUUUCAACUUAUGCAUUUUGUUUGUAAACAUAUGUUACAUAUGUGUGUGUACACACAGGCAGGGGCAGCAUGAGCUGCUUGGAAGAAAUAAGUGGUGGUGUUACGGCGUUGGAGGAAUUUGACCACAGCAGCACCGUUCCUUAUGGCUGUCAGAAGUCAAACUCGCCAGGAGAGACCUGCACACUCUGUGUAAAUCAUCUCAACUACACCGUCAGUGAGAAAGUUGGGCCUUGGUGGGAUGUUCAGUCGUACCAUACAAAGUGGACCAGACAUAUCUUGAAGGAUGUCUCAUUUUACGUGGAAAGUGGACAACUUAUGGGAAUUUUGGGAAAUUCUGGAUCUGGGAAGACCACUUUAUUGGAUGCGAUUGCAGGAAGAUUAAGUAAGCAAGCAAACCUACUUGGUGAUGUAUAUGUGAAUGGCUGCAAACUUAGAAAGGAAGAAUUCCAUGACUGUUUUUCAUAUGUUUUACAGAGUGACAAUUUACUCAGCUACCUCACAGUGGAAGAAACCCUGACUUACACAGCCUUACUAGCACUACGUGGACGCUCUAAUGCCAUCAAAAUAAAGGUGCAGUCUGUCAUGUUGGAGCUUAGUCUGAGUCAUGUGGCCGAUCACAUAAUUGGAGGCCGCGUUUUUAGGGGGAUUUCUGGUGGUGAAAGACGUCGGGUCUCUAUAGCAGCACAACUUCUCCAAGAUCCCAAAGUAAUUUUGCUUGAUGAGCCAACGACAGGGCUGGACAGUAUGACUUCCAACCAGAUUGUUCAGCUACUUUCUGAACUAGCUCAUAAGAAUAGAAUAGUCAUCUUAACAAUUCAUCAACCAAGAUCAGAACUUUUCAAGUUGUUUGACAGAAUUGGCAUCAUGACUUGCGGAGAAUUGGUGUUUUGUGGUGGAACCGAAGAAAUGGUAGAAUUUUUCAGCAGCUGUGGGUAUCAGUGUCCUGAAUACUGCAACCCAUUUGAUUUAUUUGUGGAUCUAACAUCUGUUGACACUAGAAGCAGGGAAAGAGAAAUUGAGACGUACAGUAGAGUCCAAGAAAUUGCAUUCUCUUAUCGAAAAUCAAAAAUAUUUAAUAAUGCACUGAGGAAUAUUGAAGCAGCAAAGCAAAGAAAAGAAUCAUCAUCUAUUCCUUUCAAGAGCAGAGCAUCUCCAAAUGCAGCUGCUAAACUCUGGAUACUAAUCAGACGAAUUGUAAGGAACUUAUCUAGAAACAAGACAGGGAUUAUCAUGCGUCUCUCCCAAAAUCUGCUCUAUGGUCUGUUUGUGGUGUUUUUUUUGAUGAAGCUGAAUAGUGAUCCAGCGAAGGGUGCAGUGCAAGACCGAAUUGGGAUAAUCUACCAAAGCAUAGGUGCCUCACCUUAUACUGGGAUGCUGAAUGCUGUCGCUUUAUAUCCUUCACUACGGGCUGUUGGUGACCAAGAAAGUUCAGAUGGCCUUUAUCCAAAAUGGCUGAUGUUAGUGGCUUAUAUCAUUCACAUUCUUCCCUUCAGUAUCAUCAGUGUGGCUAUUUACAGCUUCUUCGUCUACUGGACGUUGCGCAUGUUUCCGAUGUGGGAACGGUUUGGGUGUUUCUUUGCUGUGCUCAUAGUGCCACAUCUAGUUGGUGAACUACUGACAUUGAUCUUACUGGGUGUUGUUCAGAAUCCAAAUAUAGUAAACAGCGCUGUGGCCUUAAUUAAUGUAGCAGGAAUUCUACUUGGAUCAGGUUUUUUAAGAAGUGCAGAAGACAUGCCUGAACCAUUCCAGUGGCUGAGUUACUUCACAUUUCAGAAAUAUGGAGUGGAAGUCCUGAUGGUUAAUGAAUUUUAUGGUUUAAAUUUCACGUGUGUCAAUGGUGAACAAUCAUCUCCUAACGACACAAAUGUUCCUUGCUGGUUUACACAAGGGAUUCAGUAUCUUGAUUCGACAUACCCUGGUGCACAUUCCAGAUUUGUGUUUGAUUUUCUAAUACUGUAUGCUUUCUUGCCUGCUCUAGUUAUCCUCGGCAUUAUUAGUUUCAAGGUUAGAGAUUUAAUUAUCCAGAGGCACUGAGAACAAAGGGCUGCAUCUUGAGAUGCUUACAACACUCCUGAAAGAAUGUGAGGAACUUAAUUUUACAUCUUCCUUCUGAUAGUUUUCUUUUUUCCUUAGACUUCACCAGCUGAGGUACAGAACCAGGAAUUAGUUGCCUCCAAUACUUAAACUUCAUGAGUGUUCUUCAUGUUUGGACAUUGGCUAAUAUUGUUAGGCUGGUCAACAUAGCCCAGCCAAUUCAAAUCUGUUCUCAAAUAUGCAUUUCUAACAGGGAGGGUAGAGAGAGAAGGAAACCUGACAUUUUUUCCUCUUUUUAUUCCGCCCUGACACCCUGCUUGCCACUUCAGACACAAUCUGCUAAUUUAGCCCAGACUUGGAAUCAAUUGUACGAUGAUCUUGGUCUGUAUGGAUUAGCUUUUUAAUGGACAUACUCAUUGAGGCAUGAGAAGUUGGAAGAGAUCCUUUGUAUUUAGACAGACAUGGAAUUUGAAUCUCCAGUCAUGCUUAAAUGAAAAGUGAUCCAGUACUCGGGUAAAAAGUUCUUUUAUAAAAAAGUGGUGUGGCCCAUAAUACAGCAAGUUGCAUGAGGUCUGAUAGCUAGCCAUUGCACAUAGGUCUCAAAAGAUUUUGCACAAUUAUUCCCACAGACCCAUUUCUAAACAUUCUCUGGCCCAAUGAUAUCUAUUUGAUGUCACAAAGCUAUUUUAACAAAAAAUGUUAUGAAAGCUUUUGUCUUUUAAAUAUAAGAUUUAAUUUGACCACGAUUUUUAAUAAAGAUUUACUUUCAUUCCAUCUGGCAGGUUGCAAGUUGUACAGAGAUUCAUUAUUUACUGUGAUAUUCAGCAUAAUUGUUUUGAAAAUGUGGUUUUGAGGAGAGCACAUUACUACUUGAUCAAGAAAUGGUUUACAUUUUGGUCAAAUUAUAUUGUGAUUUGUAAUUCAAAUUGUGUGAAUGUGUACGUACAUAUAUAAAAUAAAGCUCAUUUAU